CUACUAACUCCGGGUCCAGCCCGACCAUAGACCGCGAGCCAGUGUAGGUGCUAGUCCAGGAGCGGAUAAUUCCGUCCGAAAUUCUUUCAUCACUGUACCGUCCAGUUAAAAUCCCUGGUGUAUUAAAAACUUGGUCAAUAUAAAAGUUUUUAGUCUUAAGAUGUCUUCUGCUGGUACUGACCAAGUCUCAAUAAAAAAUGAAACUUUUGAAAAUGACCAAAGCCAAAACAUACUGCCCAGUAAUUUGGAAAUAUUUAGACGAAUCAAUGCCCUCCUGGACAACUCUCUUGACGUCAACAACCUCAACUCAACCAACCAACAGCAACAACAGCAGCAGCAGCAACAAUUUCAACAAUUUCAGCAGGCUGUAAAAGAUCCAGGCUGCCACACCUACUGCCAACACCCAACACCUGAGCUCCAGUCAGUACUCAGCUACGCCAAUGUUCCGCUCUCCCAGUCGGCCGCCUUCACCUGUUGCAACACCACCUCAUACAGUGUUGGCCCCACACCUACCUCCUCACCUGCAGUCUCAGGUGUGUCCACACCUGCCAGUCAAUCUGCGUAUGGUAACUUCCAGUUGUUUGGGGAAAAUACCUUCAGCUCAUCAGCUUUUCAGACAGCUAGUGAAGUGGGCAUACAGACGACACCCCCAAGGCAAACUGCAACCAACGAGUACCUGGCCAUGUACAGCCCUCUGAGUGAUGUAACACUUUCACCAACUGAGAAAAUUUUGUAUCAAAAUUUACUUUCAAAACACCAGUCCGAGAGCACAGUCCUGCCCCUCAGCCCACACAGUGACUCGUCCCUGUCACCCAUUGAGAAGAAGCUGUACUCGAACCUGCUGACAAAACAUAGUCAGGGCAUGAGAGCUAUCCAAGCACCACCAACUCCACCCCGCUCUCCCCAGGAAGUGUACGGUGGCUCCUCAACUGAGGAUGCUCUCUUGGAGAUGAUGUCAAAUAUGAACAUAAAUUCAUUGACUGACAACUAUGGUAAAACUUCAGUUGAUGGCCAAUCUUCUAAUGGACGUAGACCUCGCUCCAUAAAUGACCGAUCCAACUGGCAAAUGCCGGUCAUUAGCUAUUCUAACCCCCCCACCACCAGUGGAGGCAGUGUUAACCUGCCCUACUUUUCCAAUGUGGACCCGUAUGCCAUAGAAAGAGCUGCUCGUCUUCACAGAAAUGCUGCAGCUGUGAGUGAAGCUAGCUGUACUUGGAGUGGUCAUCUCCCCCCUCGUAAUCACAAAAAUCCUGUGUACUCAUGCAAGGUUUUUCUUGGUGGGGUACCAUGGGACAUCACUGAGUCUGGCCUGCAAGCAGCUUUUAACAAAUAUGGCCACCUCAAAGUGGAAUGGCCAGGAAAGGAUGGAUAUGUUUAUCUCCUGUUUGACACAGAGAAGUCGGUCCGGUCACUCCUGCAAGCUUGCACACAUGACUUCAGUAAUGGAGAUUAUUUCUACAAGAUCUCCUCCAGGAGAAUGAGAUCCAAAGAGGUGCAGGUGAUCCCCUGGGUGAUGUCUGACAGCAACUUUGUGUACCAACCCAACCAGAGACUGGAGUCCAACAAAACUGUCUUUGUUGGGGCACUCCAUGGCAUGAUAACAGCCGAGGGGCUGGGCAACAUCAUGAAUGACCUGUUCGGACCCGUGGUCUAUGCUGGCAUUGACACCGAUAAACACAAGUAUCCCAUUGGAUCUGGAAGAGUAACGUUUGCUGCACGUAAAAGUUACAUGAAAGCCAUUCAGGCAGCUUUUGUAGAAAUUAAAACGCCGAAGUUUACAAAAAAGAUCCAGGUGGACCCUUACCUGGGAGACGCCAUCUGUAGCCUGUGCAAUGCCCAGCAGGGGAACUACUUCUGCAGAGAUCUCCUGUGCUAUAAAUACCUGUGUCGCUCCUGUUGGUACUGGCAACACGCCCCAGACACCAUGAGACACCAUCGGCCACUGACACGGAACACAAAAAGCUCCGUUCCCUUGUAAAGUGGACAUGGUUCCUUUGUAAAGUGGACAUGGUUCCUUUGUAAAGUGGACAUGGUUCCUUUGUAAAGUGGACAUGGUUCCUUUGUAAAGUGGACAUGGUUCCUUUGUAAAGUGGACAUGGUUCCUUUGUAAAGUGGACAUGGUUCCUUUGUAAAGUGGACAUUGUAUCUUUGUAAAGUGGACAUGGUUCCUUUGUAAAGUGGACAUGGUUCCUUUGUAAAGUGGACAUGGUUCCCUUGUAAAGUGGACGGUUCCCUUGUAAAGUGGACGGUUCCCUUGUAAAGUGGACAGUUCCCUUGUGGACACUACUUGUUUAUUUAUUUUGACUGUGGGUUUUCGACAAGAUUGCUUAUACAUUUGUUUCAACCUCUAUUUGUGCCCUGCUUACAAGAGCAGUUUAUUUAUUCCUUAUGUCAAGUCUUUCAACAAUUUUUGUUGGGCUAAAUGCUUAACAUGAAUGCUAAAUUGCUGCAGUUUAAUUGUAGGCUUACAUAAUUGUACAAGAUAUUGUAUUGUAAUUGCUGCAUCAUAAUCUAAACGAAUUAUUAUCAAAGCUGAAAUAACCUCAAAAAAUAAAUACUAAAACUAAAUUUGUGCCCCAAAUGAUUUUUCAACUUUUUUAAUAAGUUUUUUGUAUAAUUUUACCAACUGGGUAAUUAGUUUUAGAUACAUUUUUACCAGAUUGUUUUAACAUGUCGAGUGACAUGUCUAGAUCCUGUCCCAUUGAAGUUAGUGUUUACAGUAAUUAGCUUGUAGUGUUUACAGUAACUAGCAGACAUUUUCCUCAAGUCACUAGUUGGCGUUUUCAUUUUUACAAUUUAUCAAAUUGUUUAGCAGAACCUCACACAGUAAACCGACAUUUGUCUUUUAUUACAAAUUUUAAAAUAUCCAUUAGAAGAUAAUUUUUACGUAAUCAAAUAGCUACCAACUCUAGUUUGAAAUAAACUUGACAGCUAACACGAUUUUAAGUCUUAAGAACUUUUUAAACUUUAAUUAUGGCUUGUUUAUUUUAUUAAUUUUUACAGUUGGAAAUGAUCCAAAACUAAAGUUAUUUAAAAUAAAGAUUAGAAAAAAUAAUUUUUAAAAUUGCAUGUUAUAUAUUACUAAACAAAACAGAGAGCAAUUUUUAAAAAACCUGAGAAUUGUGAGUCAAAGUUUAUCAUAUGAUUUUAAUGACUUGAAACUUUCUGCUCUGUCCUAAAUCCAAAAAUUAAAUUUUAAAUUUUUAAACAUUUUAAAAAUAUGGACACGAGCACAGGAUUCAAAAUUAACAUUUUUACUGCUAAAUUACCCAUGCAUCAAAUUACUAAAACCAUUUAGUCUGACACCAGUUUUAUAUUAUACAGUCAGUACCAUCCUAGGUGAGAUGUCAAAUAACAAUUUUUAGUGACAGUACAGAAUUUUAUGACAGUUUUUACUUUUUUAUUUUCCUAGAUACCUGAACCACUGUACCAAACACCUACUAGUUCAGAAAGUUUUAAGUUUUCUUAUCCUUUAGGCUUCAAGUAGGAUCUUAAUUUUUUUUUUCUUGUAUUUUUAAGUAUUUUAAUGUUUUUUUUUUCAUUUGUUAAAUUUUAGUAAGCGUAAAACUAUACAACAGUUUUAUACAGAUCUAUAAAUUAUUUUGCUAAGAAUUUUAGGAGUUAUUUUAAAAAUUUUACUAGUCCAAAUUCUGGUAUGUAGAAUUUAAAGUAGGCUAAUUCAGAAAUAAUUUAUUCCAAGCUAAGUCAUUUUUCACCACCUAAUGUACUCUAAUGUAAAACCUAAUUUUGCUUUUACUUUGAUGUAAAACCUAAUUUUGUUUAUACUUUGAUGUAAAACCUAAUUUUGUUUAUACUUUGAUGUAAAACCUAAUUUUGCUUAUAAUUUGUAAAACCUAAUUUUGCUUAUACUUUGAUGUAAAACCUUCCUUGUUUAUUUAGUUUAAUGCCAAUUUUCGAUGGACAAAUUGGUCAAUUUGUUUUUCCUGGUAAUUCCAGGAAUUUUUUUGUUGGAAAUUUUUUGCCUUGUUGCGUCUUUAGUGAGGUUGAAGUAGCCUAAACAUUAGGCGUACCUGGUCGUAAGCUAAACAUUUGUUUAGAACUUUUGUUUACCAAGUCUAACACUUUCUAUUUACUUUAAAGCUAACACUUUAUACAUUACAAUUUGGUUGAUUAAAUUACAUCA